AUGGUUCUUGUAAAUUAUAAUGGUACAGAAACAAAUCAUUAUCAUUCACAUUAUAAUACAUCAAUUCCUGUACGUCAUAGAAAAAAAUUUAUUAUACAAAAACGAAUUAAACAAAAUGAAAAGAUUUAUCGUAAAAAUCCACCAAUAUCAACAAGAAGAAAUACAAAUCAUAAUAAUGAAAUUGAUUUUUCUAUGAUUCGAACAAUGAAAAUAUUUGAAAUAGAACGUGAUCUUCUGCGUCAAACAUGUGAUACAAUUGAUCGUAUUAAAGUUUAUUUAUCUGAUCGUCUUCUUGAAAUGAAAGAUUCUUAUUGUAUUCAUUUAUCAAUAGGUGAAACAACUGGUGUGGCACCAGAAUCAAUUUACAAUCGAGAUUUAGUUGCUGAUUUACUUAAAUUAACAAAUACAGUUCUUGCUGAAGCAAAUUAUGAUUCACAAGUAAUAAAAAGAACUUCUAUUGUUUCUUUUAAGCCUCAACUAAUAAUACUUGAACACUUUUUAUCUACGAUUUAUGCUAGUUUAAUAACACAUCUUCACGUAUCAUCAUUAAUAGUACGUGAUCUGAUGGUAUGA